GUUGUUUCACGACCUCAAGCGGCUUAUACUCGAAACUUAAAACGCGAGGGCUCUCAUGUAUAUGACUGGCUCGUAUAUAUAAAAAUGUUCUCUAUAUAACCCUCUCUUUUAAACUUUUUUUUUUGCAUUCUCUGUUCCUCUUCAUCAUCCCCUUUAAAUUUUUUCAAAAAAAAAAAAAAACCGCGUGUGUAUGUGUAUAUCCAUCGUUCUCUUAAGAGAGAGAGAAAAAAAAAAUUCGCGCUUUUUUUUCUAGUUCUACUUCCGGUGUGAAAAAUAAAAUUUCCCAAAAAAAAGGCCAAUUUUGAAAAAAUCACGUUACAUUUUUAUUAAAAAGUCGGGCGGCGCGAUUUCCGGUAUAGCGUGCCUACAAGCUGUUAAAUGGCUCUUUGAGAAUCGAUUUUUUUUUUUUUUUUUAAACUGAAGAAAAAAAUAAAGAGAAAAAGAAACAAUAAUGAAGAGGGUAGAAAAAGAUUUAAUAAGUGAGAUGUAUUAUUAUAUUAUAAAUAUAAAUAAAUAAAUAUAUGGGGAAAGGCGGGAUUUUUUUUUGGUUAUGUCGACCGGGACAUUGGAGCGUCGCGGGUGUGCGCUUCGGCUUUAUCAAACACAAGACGGAGGGAAAAUUGUUCGCUUUUUUUUUGGGGGAUGAGAAUAAAGAAUUUUUUUUUGAAAAAUGAAAAUUAACUAUUUGGGUGAAAUGGCCCAUUGUCGACGGCCUCGAGGUCGACUUAGGAACUUAUUUCAAGUGUUGAAAAAAUUCACUAUUGUCGCUGUUAGUUUUAUGAUUCUUGGUUCAUUGACACCCACAGCCUCUGGUGAACCCAGCAAGGAAUAUCAAAUGAACGACGUUUGCAAAAAUCAUUUUCUAAGGGAUCUUUACAGAAAAAUAGAUGGCGCCGUACUAACAUCGCAAAACGAAAGAAAUCUCGAUUGUGCCAUAACGUUCCAAACUCACAGUAUCCUACAAAGAUUUAUGCUCAGGUUCGAUCGUCUUCAACUCGACUGCAACGACCAUCUUUAUAUUUAUGAUGGUGCUCAUGCAGUUGGAAACUUCAAGGUGGAUUUGUCCUGCAGAAGUACAGAAUUAUCUGUAAGUGCACUGUAUACAAGGACCAACUUUGUGACGUUAAAAUACGUGACAGACGCCUGGGGUACGGAUACGAAUGGCUUUAGACUAGUCAUCAGUGCCAUCAAGGAUCCUAAACACGCCUGUAAGGAUUUUCGGUGUACCACUAAGGAAUUUUGCAUCGACACAGACCUUGUUUGUGAUGGUAUUCGACAUUGCGAAGAUGGUUCCGACGAAGCAGCUUCCAACCUCUGUGCCAAUCCAGAAGCGUCAAUAAUACUUGGCAUGGAGACAACAUUAUUUGCAGUAGCUAUGAUUUUUGUCAUUUUAAGUAUGGUGGGCAUCGUCGCCGCUGGUGUAUUAUGCUUUUGCAGACAACGAGCAUCAACACCGGGACAUAUACAUAAUGCUCACAAUGCCCAGAAUCAUCCUCCCGUCAUCUUUCCUUAUGUAUGGAUCGAACGGGACGUCAACCGGAAUGCCGCCGGGUAUGACAAAUUUAAAGGGCACAUUUGGAUCGCUAGGCCCAAUUGGAACCGGGAUAACAGGGGCAACGACCCUUCCAAGGCCGGGAAACUGGCUGCACCCUGCGGGCCUCAGGCUCGGGCACAGCGUGGCCCGGGUCCGCCUCUACUGCCAGGCAAAGUGAGGAGUCAUGGGUCGGAUAGUGACAUCUCCUCCAGCCAGAAAGAUGAAUGGUUUGUGUAGAGGCAGGCCUGGACCAGAGUCCGCAGGGUGAAACGGAGCGGUGGUGCCCUCACCGCCCUUCUCAGCGAGGUGAUAUUUGAUGAGAAAAAAAAAAAAAAAAACUAUUUGCUGAUCUAUCACUAGCAUCGUAAUAUAAAAAACGACCAUAAAAUAUAUAUGUUUAACAAAAAUAAAUAAAUAAAAAAAAGAAGGAAAAAAAUAUAUAACAAUUCUCCUAUUAUGCAAAAAAAAAAAAAUCGCAGUCCGUUUAUUAAAACAAAAAAAAAAUAAAUAAAUAAAUUACGAAACGAAGCGAUUUAAAAAAAAAAAAAAAUUAUACAAUUUUGCGGAAAAUAAAUUUUUUCCACUUGCAAAAAAAAAUCUCAACGAAUUUUUUCUAAGCAACGCCUUAAUCCCAUUUUUUAAAAGGAAAAAAAAUUUCUUUAAAAAAAAAAAUCUUCAAAGAUUUGUUUAACAAAAAAAAAAAAAGAAAAAAAACAUUUAUGAGCCUUUUUGAAAAAAAAUAACUAUACAUAUUUUGGGAAAAAUCACUUUCCUUUUUUUAUGACAAGUUUUUUCUUAGAGGGUUAGUUUUUUUCUAUUUAAAUAUACAAUAUGUAUGUAUAUUGACUGAUGAAACAAUAUUUGCACCAAAAUAAUAAUUUACAGUGAAUUUUGUAAAAAAAAUUUACCAAAACAAAAAUUGAUUAUAAUUUAUUAAUGGUAAUAAUUAAUAAUAAUAAUAAUAAUAAUAAUUUAAAAUAAUAAUUAAUAAUUAUAAUUAAUAAUUUAUUGAUAUUAUUAUUUAUAAUUUAUUAAUACUAAUUAAUUUAAUUAAUUAAUUUACUAUUAUUAAUAUUAGUUUAUUAGUAUUAAUUAAUUAACUUAAUUAAUUUUAAUUAUAAUCUUUUUUUCAAUGUUAUUAAUUAUAAUUAAAAAAAAAAAAAAUUCACAAAUAAAGAAUAAUAAUUAUUUACUGCUUGAAAUUUGUCAAUUGUUCUUGAAUAAUAUUUUGAGAACCAAAUAAAUAAAAUAAAAUAAAAAAAAAAAAAAAAAAAAACAAGAAAA